AUGGCGGAUACUACGCAGAAUCAAACCGUCGCCGCACAGACGAACACAAACUCCGAAGGCACGAACGCCUAUCGCAACAACAAGUCGAAGAGUAAGUACCGAUGAUACUUCUCUGCUUAGAGACUCGGCUAAUAGCAGUACAGAGCAGGGCGAAGGUAGCGACAAGGCCGAGACGGAGACGAGCGCCUUCGCGAAGAAGGAGAUUGAGCGGCUGCAGAAGGAGGUUGAUGCAUACGCAGCCCAGUUGAAGGCCGAGAGGAACUGUCGUCGGGUUCGGUGA